AUGCUGUUGUGGGAAGCUCUGACCCCCCGCUCUGCUUGGGGCGGGCUCACCCACGGAAGUGGCUCUUAACUGCAGCACUGAGUGCGAAGGAGACCCGACAAAAGGGGCUGAUUCUGUCUAGGAGCGUUUUACCUUCUGGUGAGGGUGUGGGGAGAGAAGCUUUGGCACGGUCAGUGAGGCCCCGCAGCAGAGCCCAGGUGAUGAAAGACACUUUUGUAUGGUACCUGAAGGCUUGCUUCGCUCCUGAUUGUGAGUAGGUUGUGGGUGGUAGUAGCGGAGCCCUUGCAGAACCACCAGAGAGGUGGUGCUAGUUUGUGUGUGUGCCUAUGUCAACCUUACUAAGGUCGUCUCUUGAAAUGUGGAAGAGGGAUUGCACAUGGACUUUGCGCUUCAAGUAUUUGCAGGUUAUUACUGCGUUAUUAUCUUGAUUUAAUCUUGUACGUGGCCAAAAAGUUUUUUAAUGAAUGUUUAAGUUUCUGUGAAAAUCGUACAUUUCUCAAAUUGUAUUUUCUGGGUUUUAAUAGGGUCACUUUGUUUUCUGGGUCUCUGUUUUGACUUCUGAGAAAUGCUAUUGGUUUUCCCUACAUUUUCUUCAUUUGAAAAAAAAAAAAAAAAAACCUGUAACUUCAGGAGUUCAAGACCAACCUUGACAACCUCAUUUCUGGGGGGGAAAAAACCCCACAAAACCACAGUUGUAACUGGCUGCUACUUAGGACUGUAGGAGAUCUUUUUUCCAAAGUAGAAAUAGCUUUAUUUCACCCAGAUUAUGUUUAUUUAAAAUUUCAGAUAAUAUAUAAAGCUGUAAAAAGUAAACAAAAACUACCUGUACUUGUCCCACCCAAAGAUAACUUCACAGAAUGUUUGAUUAUCUACUGUGGUGCUAGGAGCUCUGUUGGACACUGGGGACUUUGGUGAACAAGACAAUGCCUGCCUCUAUAAACCUUACAUUCUGGUGGGUAAAAUAGACCUCUCCCAACCUUCCAAAAAGUAAAUUUAUUCCAUGUUCUAAUGCUUUAAAGAAAACACCUACUUUCAGCGGGGUGAUCGGAGGUUUAUCUGAGUGGAUGACUUAAAUAGAUGUCACUAAGGAAGAGAAGCUCAACCAUGGGAGGAAUGGGGAGAAAAAAAAAGAAAUCUGAUCAGAAAUAACAGCAUGCAAAAGGCCUUAAAAGAGGAAAAAGCUGUAAAAAGAAAGAUCCAUGUAGCUGGCACUCAGCAGUCAGGAGAAAGUAGAGCAAGAUGAGGUGUGGGAAAUUGGCAGGGACCAAAUUUUACUUGUCCAUUGCCAGAAGGGUGUGUUUUGUGUUCUGAGGGCAGUGAGAGGGUACUGAGGGGCUUUAAUUAGAAAUAAAAUGAUCUGGAAAACUAAUUGAUUAAUUUGUUAAGUAAAAUUUAUUGAAACUCUACUGUAUAACAGGCACUGUUCUAAGCACUGGCAGUACAGCAUUGAAAAGAACAAGGCCCCUGUAUUCAUGAAACUUAUCUAGUGGUUGGAGGACAAUCAAAUAAACAAGAAAAAAUACCAGAUAUUGAUAGGUGUGCAGAAGAUGACCAUUGUUUAAAUUGUGGUUUAUAUUCUUUAAGACGUGGUAUAUUACACAUAUAUUUCUUUUGGAACAUGUUUUUCUUUCUCCUGAAUAAUUUAUGGUAGGACAUUUUUCACUGUUACUAGUUUCCUUUGGGGGCAUCUUAAUUUGUUUUUGGAUUAAGUAUGGUAAAAAAUAGCAUGUAUAAAUGAAGAAAUACUGUGCAGCAACAAAAAAUUUGCAUGUUACAAGGCAUCUGGUGAACGUUAUGUAAUAACUUCCUUUUGACAGUCUGACAUGUGGCUCUCCUACCCCAUCCCAAACCCCAGCCGCCCCUUUAUGGUUUUUCACUUUGACCUAUUAGUAUGGUUAAAUUUAUGGAUUUACUAUUUAUUGAACCAUUUUGCAUCUUAGAAUGAGCCCUGAUUGAUCUGUUAUUAUUUUAAUGUCCUGAUGCAUUUACUUUGCCAAUGCAUAUAUUUAGGAUUUUUUUGUCAAUAUUCAUAAGAGAUUGGUCUGUAGUUGUUUUUCAAUGUUUUGUCUAGUUUUGAUAUUCACAUCUGCUUGCUUUGUAAAAAUAGUUGAGAAGUUUUAUUUCUUUUUCUGAGUUUUGGAACAGAUUAAAUUGCCAAGUAUUAUUUAUUCUUCAGUUACCAAAUUCAUAUUUACUAAACACUCACUAUGUGCUAGGAAUUGGACUGGAUGCUGAGUAAUCAGUAGUAAACAAAACAGAUAUGGUUCCUGCCAUGAUAUUGCUUGGCUUAUGAAGGAAAAUGACAUUAAUGAAGAAACUACACAUAUGUAAUUAUAAAUCAUGCAAGCAAAGGACAGGAUGCUUUGAGAGAAUAUCAUUGAAGAUCUUUAGAUUGUGCUUUUUAUGCAUUUGAGUAAAUGACUAUUGAGUACAUACAUAUACACUAACAGCUAAUUAUUAAUAUGUAUUGAUUUGGUAUGUAAUUAGGGCUGUGGUGGGUACAUUAGUAAAAUGAGGUCUUCGUAAUUACACAAAUUAAAAUAUAAAAUAAUGGCAAUAGUAGCUACCAUUGUAGGACGUAGCUGCAUCGUUUUUUAACUGUAGAAAUUAAGACAGGUUAAGUAGACACUUUUAGUCUAACAUAUUCAAUUGUAUACACUCUUUGGGAGUCUCUGUAGGAUUAUAGUAAAAGAAUAAGGCUAUAAAUCCACAAAGAUCAAGAGGAGGUGAGAGUAAGAUACAGCUGAAAUCAAUAUUUGGAAAACUAGAAAGGAGAUGGGCAAGUAAUAAAUGAUUUCAUGAAUUAGAGAAUGCUGAAAGCUGAAGAGAGGUAAGCCAACAAGGAGCAAGCAGAUUCUUUCCACAGAAUCUGGAAAAGUUUUAGGAAUAGGGGGUAUCAAGUACAGUAUUUCUGAAGUCAAGAAUUACAGGACAGGGUGGGAGUAGAAGGGUUGGUUGAUGGUCUUUAUCAUUUUGACACCCUGAAACCCCUUCUCCACUCCCAUACACCCAGACAACUACUCUCUCCUCUACCUUGACAGAAGACUGAAAGUUUAUACUCAGGAGACAUUAACUGGGAGGCUCCAGAUGGCUGAGGUGGGGGUGAAGCACCUAAAUGAAAAUGAAGAUUGAGUGAAAGUCAGGUCAACAUGCUGAACCUAGAGCAGUUGUCUUUUUUUGAUUGGCUUCCAAACUGUCAGGCUUACGUGUCUCUCAACAACAUAUUAACGGAUUCUUAGCUGGGGAAACUUACCAGCCCAUGGCAAAGUAUUGAACAGAUAUGAACUACGGGAAUUCACCUGAUUGAACAGUUGGAUCCAUCAGAUCACCCGAAGAGUAGAGCUGCUGGUCAGGAAGCAUUGUUCAUGUACCACAGCUUCUAUUCAACUUUUAUUUUUUGAGACAGGGCCUCACUCUGUCACCCAGACUGAAGUGCAGUAGCGCCAUCAUAACUCACUAUAGCCUGGAACUCCUGGGCUCAAGCCAUCCUCCCACCUCAGCCUCAUGUGUAGCCAGGACUACGGGCAUAUGCCACCACGUCCAGCUAAUAUUUUUAUUUUUUGUAGAGAUGGGGUCUCAUUAUGUUGCCAGGCUGGUCUUGAACCCCUGAGCAUAAGUGAUCCUCCCACCUUGGCCUCCCAAAGUACUAGGAUUACAGGCGUGAGCCACUGGUGCCUGGCCCUAGUCAGCUUUUAAAUGCCUCACAUUUGAGCAUAAAUGUACAGCCAAGGGUCACCUGCCAUGGGAUGAAAGUCUCUAAUGAAAAAGAGACCAAGUAGGAAAUAAAAGGAGCUGAGUAUAAAUAGAUUUACUUUAGGGAAUAGAAGAAACUUCAACAAAUAAAACUAGUAUCUUUAAAGAGAAGAUAUUCCAUCUGUGAAAGAUGAAAAAGGUUCUGUUUUAAAAAGAGAAAUUAUUUUAAAAAUUGCUGCAACAGAAUACAUUUUUUAAAAAUUUAAUACAAGGUUUAGAUAAUAAAGCUGAAGAAUUCUCCCCCAAAAACCAGAAGAGCAACAAGAAUUAGAAAAUAAGAGUGAAAUGGUAAGAAAACGAGAGGACUAGCCAAGAAGGUUCUUCAUCUAAUACAGUGGAAGGAAACUGUGUCCCAGAACCGAAGGAGGUGAGUUUCUAGGUUGAAAGGGCCUAUUAAGUGCCCUGAUCAGUAAAACAGAAACAAACCAAAAAUAGAACAAAACCUCAUUGUACCAAAUGUAUAGUUCCAAAAGGAACAAGACCAGAUUCAUUCUUAAUCUUCCUACUUCUGAAAAGAAAAAUGGGAGCAGAGAACUAGGGGCUGGCUCUCAAACUGCAUUUUAACAAAUUUAGGGAAAAAGGAAACCUUCUUAACUUCAAAUUGUAUGCAAGUGCUGUUAGGAAUCCCCAGUGGGAAGUUCCAGCAGUUCUGUGACGAAGAUAAAGUUGCGCAGAGGAAGCAUAUUUCAGGUAUCUCCAGCAACUUACUCAUAUCCAGAAUCAGCCCUGUCCAAAGAGAGAAGUCUUGUAUUCCUGACUAAGACUGAGGAGCCAUAUGGUAUCCAUCAAGGAAGGAGAAAGUAGAAUGAGAAAGUGCCUGGGUGGGGCAUGGGGGAGGCAGAGAUCUUAGUGCUAAUAAAAUACUCCCAGAAAUGAGUGCAUAACCUUGGAAAUCUAGGGUUGUGUCUCUAAGAGGUAAGCAGAGCUGGCAGUAAAGGCCCUCCUGAACCAGAUUACAUUUGGAGAUUAGACAAGGAACAAGAACAAGGCACUAUAUUAUAAAACAGCAAUCCUCUGAUUUAGGAACAGGGGGAACCCUAAAGAAACAUGACAACUGCCAUCCCCUCCCUACACCCUGAAUCUGCUGAUAACAGUCCAGGAUAAUUCAUCUCAUUCAGACAUGUAUAACAAAAAUAGUAUGUACGACAUCCAUACAAUGACUGGUGGAUUGUAUUUUUUAUAUUUUGUGUUAGUUUUUUGUUCUUCUAUAUGAUUUUUAUUAUUGAAGAUAUAAUUCACAUGCCAUAAAAUUCACCAUUUAAAAGUGUACAGUUCACUGGUUUUUAAUUUAUUCCCAAGUUGUGCAACCAUCACCACUAUCAAUUGCAUUGACCCUAGUGCUUUACUUUCCCUUAUAUUCACGCCAUGACCCUAUGCAGUUCCUUCCAUUAAAGUGACAGAGAUAUUACCCUACUCCUUGACUUUGUGUUUGGCUAUGUGACUUGCUAAGGUAAAAGUGACCCCAUGUCAGUUUCAAGCCUAAGCCUUACCAGGCCUUGGGUAUUUUUAUUUGUUCUCUUUCUAUCUGUGCCGUUUCCAUGAGAAAAGCAUGUCUCUCCUAGCUCAUUGGUUGAGGGAAGAUGAGAGAUAGGAGAGUGAGGGCCACCCCAGCUGAGUUAAGCUGAAUUCAGUGAACACUGUAGAGAUGUGAGUGAUAAAAAAAUGAUUGUGGUUGUAAGCCACUGAACUUUAGGAUGGCCUGUUAAUAAUAGUUAACUGAAUAGUUAUAUGAUUAAAAAUUUAAAAAGAGAAAGAAAAACCACAAUUUUCUACAGAUGGUGUUUUUCAAAACAAUAUUGCCAGAAAAUAAAUCACAAGUGGUCAAGCUACUGCCUGUGGUCUUGCCUGUUUUUGUAAAUAAAGUUGUACAGGGACAUGGUCAUUCCCAUUUAUGCACUUUCUAUGGCUGUUUUUAUGCUCUACUGGUAGAGAUGAGUAGUUGUGACAGAGACCGUGUGGUUCAUAAUCCUAAAAUAUUUAUUUUCUGACCCUUUAUGAAAAAGUUUGCUGACCUUAUGGAAAAUGUGACCUAAGGUUUUAAUACAAAUUUUAAAAUACCUUUAUAUACUUAUCAUGCCCAUUAAGAUAGCGAUAAUCAAAAAGACAGAUAAUAAGUGUUGACAAUGCUGUGGACAAAUUGGAAACUUCUGUAUACUACUGGUGGAAAUAUAAAAUGGUGCAGCCACUUUGAAAUCAGCCUGGCAGUUUCUCAGAUGAGCAGACACAGAUUUACUGGAAGAGCAAGCAGUUCUACUCUAAAGUAUAUACCUAAGAGAAAUGAAAACAUGUUCACAUAAAAACUUAUACAUGAAUGCUCAUAGCAGCAGCAUUCAUAAUAGCCAAAAUGUAGAAACAACCCAAAUGUCCAUCAGUUGAUGGAUAAACAAAAUGUGGUAUAUCCACAGAGUGGAAUAUUAUUUGGCAUAAAAAGGUAUGAAAUAUUGAUAUAUGCUUUAACAUGGAUGAACCUCAAAAACAGGCUAAGUGAAAGAAGGCAAUCAUGAAGGACCACAUACUGUAUGACUCUGUUUAUAAGAAAUGGUCUGGAAUAGGCAGAUCUGUAGAGACAGUAAAUUAUGUUUGCCUAGGCCUAGGAACCAGUGAGGGGUGAGGAGGAUAGCUAAGGGGUAGAAGGUUUCUUUGGGGAUAAUGAACAUACUCUAAAAUUGAUUGUGGUGAAGGUUGCACAAUUCUGUGAGUAUACUAAAAGCAAUUGAAUUGUACACUUUAUGUGGGUGAAUUUUAUGCUAUAUGAAUUAUAUCUCAACAUUGUAUUAGAAAGUAAAAUGAAUGAAGCAUAGAAGUUAUGGAGAAAUACUGGAAAGCAGAAAAUACAAGAACUCAAGGAAGAGACAGCCAGACAACAGUAGGAUGUGAAACGGGAACCAGCAAAAAAAAAGAAAUAGAGAAAAAUGAUCAAGCCAUUUCAGAAGUACCCAAGGUAGACGAAACACCAUGGCAAAGAUCAUAAAAGUGGAAAUGAAAUAUUUUUGCAUUUAUGACAUUAACAGAGAACAGGACUGUGUCAAGAAUUCUGAGGGUAUACUUGGUGAAAAUGAAUUAAGACCACCCUCCCAGCUACAUUCUCUCUCAGAGAAGAUCGAGACAGGGUCCCUAUCAGAAAAGAUUUUUGAGACAGUGUCCUUGAGUUCAGACUCUCUCUUCCAGAGGGCAGUUUCACUCCUCCAUACAUCUUACUUGGACUCUUCAUCUGAGCAUGGUUUUCAGUACAGUCAAGUGACUUUGGUGAAAAAUGACAUUUUCUUAAAUGAGUACAAAACUUUUUACCGACAAAAAAAAGCAAGUAACUAUACUCAGGAAGAACUUCAAGACACUUACGGGUUUCUUCUGUUUGAUACUGAAAAGGAGGCAAAAUUGGUAUGUCAGCGUGGACUCCGUGUUGGCAGCAGUGCUGUUACCACUCUGGGUGAUCCAGCCAAAGGGAAAAGUCAAGUCUGUGUCUGAGAAUUAUACAACUAACUAUACUAAGCCAUCUUCUGGCUAUGAUUGCCACGUGUCUGAAAAUACUAACAAGGUUUCUAACAAGACGAGUCAUUUUCGUGCCUUUGAACUGAGUCAGUAUUACUUUUACGAACUUUCAGGCAACACUGUUAUUGAGCGACCCAGACAGAUCUGUCCUUAUGUAAUUGUAGCUUUUCGAUACAGGGAACCUAAAACUAUGGCACCACCAGCUCAUAAAAGCAUACUUGAAUGCAGCGAAAAUGUUCUCAUGUCUCCAUGGAAAGGGAAAUUAAUAGUUCAAGACCGUAUGCUAUGUGAUAUAGCUCUUUGGUCCACUUACGGUGCAAUGAUUCCAACACAGCUACCACAAGAACUAGAUUUUAAGUAUGUAAUGAAAGUGUCUUCCUUGAAAAAACGACUACCAGAGGCUGCCUUUAGAAAACAGAAUUACUUGGAGCGGAAAGUCUGUUUUCAAGAUUUGUGCUUCAAUUUGUAUGAGGUAGAACUGUCAAACAGACAAGGGGAAAAUAUAGAUAAAUUAACAGAAUGUAUUAAAAACAAGCAGUUGGCAAUCAUCAAAUGCUUAGAAGAUCGAGGGUUUUUCAUUUUACUUACAUCAUCAGCCUUACUAUCAGAACCAGAUUUUGGAGGCAAGCAGAUGGGUCUGCAUGGGUUACAUUUAUUUCAUUCACCCCUGUCAACAGGGGUAAAAGAUUUGAAAGUUGAAGAUGACAUCUCAAUGAAGCUGAUACCUAUUUUGCCUGCCCUUAAUUGUGCCCUGCUAGAAACAAAGAAAUCUCUUCCUGAAGAAAGAAUCCAUCCAAACACAUUAGUAAAGCAUUUCCAAGAACUGUACAAGGCGGACAGAAGCCCUUCAUUGACUGUUGCUCCUCAGGAUAGAAUGAAAGACCCUACAUUCUUGGGGAAACUGCCCAGUGGUUUUGACUUGAUUCCUCCAGCUGAAAAGUGCCCUUCAGAGUCUUUAACUCAGUUGAACUCUUAUUUUUCAGACCCCAGUGCUUACAUUUUGGAAGUGUCUACUGCUUUGGACUUGUUAGCAGAGCAUCCUCAGUCUCCUUGUGUUUCAGACGGAAUUUGUGAUGCUGGAUUUUCUUUAGUUAUGACUCCAGAUCCUGAUUUUCCUGGCUCAGAGGCAGAAGUAAGAAAAGAAACUGAAACAAAAAAGGAUUCUGAAGAAAUGUUGAAAGCAAAGAAGAGAGUUGUGGUUCCAUUGAGUCCAGCGUCCAAUCUGAGAGUGCAGCCUAAGAGGAAGGCCAGCAUGCCACACGUGGUGCAGAGUAAAAAGAUGAACUUGUGCCACCCCUUUCCCAAAAGAACUGCUCCCAGAGCAGACAACAGCUCGGACUCUCCAACAACUCUUAAGUUAGUUAAAGGGCAGUUUCCUCAGAAAAGAAAAAGAGGUGCGGAAGUGCUGACUGCACAGUUUGUACAGAAAACCAAAUUGGAUAGGAAAAACCAAGAAGCUCCUAUUUCUAAAGAUGUUCCAGUGCCAACAAAUGCUAAAAGGGCAAGGAAACAAGAGAAAUCUCCAGUCAAAACUGUUCCAAAGGCUAAGCCACCUGUGAAGAAAUCUCCACAAAAACAAAGAGUAAAUAUAGUAAAAGGCAAUGAGAACCCCAGAAUCAGAAAGCAGCUACAACCUGAAGUCAAAGGAGAAACUGCUUCAAAGCUUCAAUCAGAAAUUUCAAGAGAUGGUCAAGAAGAUGGGAUUAGCAUAAAUAGCGUUCAACCAGAAAAUACCACAGUGGCUCACAAUGAUCUUCCUGAAAACUCCAUUGUCAACUAUGACUCCCAGGCCCUAAAUAUGUUGGCCGAUCUAGCAUUAAGCUCUGCUACUUCUUCCACACCGGUAUCUGAGCCUAGAAAUCUUCACUGUUCCUCUGAAUUGCCACAAAAUGAUGUUUUGCUCUCUAAAGAAAAUUCUUUGCGAAGUACAUCUGACCAUGAAUAUCACAGAGGAGUUAAAAGUCAAAAAGGCGAAUUACUUCCUAACCCAUCUUCUGAUAGGAAGAGUAAUUCUGAGUCAGACUUAAUUGUUAGCCAAGAUGAAGAAAGCUUGGUUCCGUGUAGUCAGGCCCCUGCUAAAGCCCAGUCAGCACUUACUGAGGAAAUGCUAGAAUCUUCAGAUGCAAGUCAAAGCUCUUCUGUUUCUGUGGAACAUUCUUAUGCCCUGCUCCUUAGAGAACAUUCACAGAAAAAUCUACAGGAGAGAGAGAUACCAAGCCCUGUGUUUCCCAAGAAUGGGACAAAAAGCCCGGAAGCAGUAACCCCAGUGGGGAAAGUCAUGCCGUUUCGGCAUCAGCCUGGUCUUUUGCUUCCGCCGAAGCCUCCUGACGAGCCCAUGGUGAAGCCCAAGGAUCGACAAGCGUCUUCCCGUGUGAAAAAAUCUUGCUCUCGUAUAGUGUUUAGCUGUGAUGACUCCGUUAGGAUCACUUUCAAAUGUGAAACCGAAUAUGCAUUCAGCUUAGAUAGCAAAUAUACCAACAACCCACUGGAGAAAACUGUAGUAAGAGCAUUACAUGGGCCCUGGAAUACUGAUUUGCCUGAUAAUGUGGAAGAAGUGAAGCUUUUACUUCAUAUGUGGGUAGCUCUGUUUUACAGCAAUCAGAACAAAGUCAUACGAUCUUCCCGAAAAGUUGUAGAACACAGCAACCCAGCAAAAUAUGUGUCUAUAAAUAGCACGUUAGAAUCUUGUGAGCUCAGUGAAAUUGAGGAGUGCCUUGGUUUGGAAAGAUGUUCUGCAGACCCUCUCUUGGAGACUAACGAAAUUUCCAGGGCUCAUGCUGCUGAAGUGUCCUUCCGUGAUCCUAACUGCUUGCUUCCUUUCAUUAAAACACCACUUACCCAAGGCUUGGAACUCUGUGUACAGAAUGAACAGAAAAAAACUUUUGCAAGAAAGCGUCAUCGAGACACCCUAGAAAACCAGGAUUUCGUCUGUUCUUAUAAUAAUGAGGUAAUUGGGGAAGAAGCUAAACAAGAAUCAUUAGAUAAACUGGAGACUUCUAAUCUUGCGCUUUCUGGUAUUGGAAGUACACGAACUAAUGGACCCUCUGUUCCUAAUGAAGAAGAAAUUGUUCAGCCACUGGAUAGCACAAGAGUGGCUUCUUACAGUGGCACUGUUACUCAAACCACAUUCACCAGGACUUGUGAUGGGACUGGUAGUCAGCCAGUGAUAUGUCAGAGCUCUGUGUGUAGCACCCUUGAAAACAAAGUGAAUGUUCCUGAUGCAGCAAUGCAAACAAAAACAGGUACUUUACAGGACCUUAUCCACCAUGGCAGCCCCCUAAACAAUGAAUGUCACCCUUCCUUGGAAAGAAAGGAUGAUAAUAUGGAGUGUGCAAUGAUUAAUCCAGAACCAGUUACUCUCAUCUUUGAAAAAAAUGCACAUGUACCAUUAGAGACAGAAGCUGUAAAUACAGCUGAUGAACCUACAACCUUUAAUAAGGAGUUGAUUAAGCAAGUAUCACCUGCUGCAAGCCUUAGACAUCCUGUAUCCACCUCGGAAAAGGCACAAACACAAGGCCUGAGGGACAUUUCCUCUCUAGUAGCUGCAGGACAGAAAGGCUCUAAGUACCUUUGUGCCUCCUCAGUAGGUAGAGAGACACUUGAUAAAGAAAUGUGUUCAUUACAGAAAGAGAUGCCUCUUCCAGUCUCAUUACCGUCUGAUAAAGCAAUGGUAAUGGAGGCAUUAUCAUUAGUUAAAAGUUCUAGUUAUCUAUUACCGAGUGAAGAAGUGAGGUGCACUCAGAAUUUCCUUUCGCAGACUCAGAGUCUCCUCAGCCUGUCUUCAGAAGGGCUUGUAGAACCGACACAGGUUGAAGUGGACUCAUCAUCAGCCUCUGCUGCCUUGGGAAAGCAGUGUUCACUUAACUGCAUUUCAUCAGGAUGCCACACAUCAGGUGACUCUUUAGAACUGAGGAAGAAUGACAAGAAUGGUCCAAACACUGAAAAUAGGAAUUUUGAAGAGUUUGAUUCAGUAUUUAUCAAACAAAGAAGGCUGUCUGUGAGUAGAGAGGUCAGCCUAGAGUUAUCAGAGGAAGAUUCUGACAUUGACUUAGCUCUAACAAUAUCACCACCUACAAGUCCCAGAGAAGAAAUGCCAGCUGGUGAAAUAGAGCAAUUUGAAGAGGCCCCAUUUUCAAAUUUAGAACUUCAAGAUGUAGCUGAGGAAAUAGGUGAACCAGAAGAGGUGGCUGUCACAGAAAGCAGAGAAGUGAAUUCUGCUGACAGUGUGUCAGUAUAUCCCACAGUGUCAGAAGAACCAGUAGAAAAUAAGGAGAGAAAGGGGGAUAAUUUACAACCAGUUACUGUAAUACUUUCUAAAGAAAAUUGCACACUUGAGAUUGCAGAGGAAAUUAAUGUGACCUCUGAUUUUCCCUUUGAUUCUGUAAUUGAGGAAGUAUCACCAGCUUCUAGUCCUGAACCUCCAGUACCAGUUAAAGAGACACGACCAUAUCAGGCUGUGACUCCAUGCAUUUUAAAACUUCAUGGUACACAGUGUGAGAAGAGCAACCGAAUCUCCCAGCGUGUGUCAGAAGACUUAGGCAUAACAGAAAAAGAAAAUUUUUUUGUUGGUCCUGCCCAUCCAGUGGGGCAAGAUAACUUUACCCAGGUACAACAAAUGCAGGUCUCUGCUGAAAUGCCUCUAAUAUUAACUGAUCAUCCAGGAAGAACAGGCAGACCAACCCUUCCUGGUAAAGUAACUGAGGAAAUUGUCUCAAGUGAGCAUGAUGAGGGUUUAUCUUUCUCAGGAAAGGUGCAGUGCUAUGGUAGGGAGUUAAACCAGCCUGCCUCAGCUGCCGAAUACACAGGUGACUUCAGUCCUUCUGAAAAACUGGUAAAAUCAGGAAAUCCAUUGCAGCCAAUUAGAGUAGAAAACAGAAAUUUGGACUUAAAACAUCUUGUCUUGGAGUCCAGUGAACCUCCAUUUAGUCCCAGAAAUGUUACUGAAAAUAUGUCUUUGUCUGACACAUUGGUUUCCACAGCCGUACCAAGUGGUAUAGUAAAACAGCAGACUAGCCCUAAAAGCAGUCAGAACAAUCUCCUUACCAGUGAUUUGAAAACAGAUGAAGGCGUUUAUCUGCAGGUGAAGUCCUUGACAACUGCCUCAGUUGAUGGAGCUUAUUCUACACAGGGAUGCAUGUGCUCAGUGGUCCCCACACUUUGUUCUUCCUCAGACAGUGCCACAUUAACCCAUUAUGUAAGACCAAUAAAUGCGGAGCCGGCAUUUCAAGCACAGGAAAUACCAGCAGUCAGGAUGGCCAGUUUGCUUAAGAAUGGUGAAACUGAAGCUGAGUUACAUAAAGAAAUCACAGGUCUAGGCACUGCUGGCCCUCAGUCCAACACCAAAUCUUCUCUAAAAGGUGAACGCAAAGCCAUCCACACGCUGCAAGAUGUGUCAACGUGUGAAACAAAGGAGCUGUUGAAUGUUGGGGUUUCCUCCCUUUGUGCUAGUCCCUACCAAAAUACAGCAGACACCAGGGAAAAUCUCAGUAAAGAGCCUUUGGCCUCCUUUGUUUCAGAAUCCUUUGAUACUUCUGUUUGUGGAAUAUCCACAGAGCACAUAGAAAUUGAGAACGGUGGGGAGGGGCUUAGGGCUCAGGCUGGUUCUGAAACCCUAGGCGGAGAUGCAGAGGUCAGUGGGAAUUCCGAGAUGCACUAUGAACUGCUUUCUGGAGAUUCUGAUCUAGACCUGCUUGGUGAUUGUAGAAAUGCCAAAUGCGAUUUGGAGGAUUCUUGUACUCUAAGAGGUAGUUACACCAGGAAAAAAGAAGAUGUUCCCACAGAUGGCUGUGAGUCAUCGUUGAACUUCCACAACAACCAAGGGGACUGGGGCUGCUCUAGCCAGGUUCCAGGCAUGGAGAUGAGCCUCCCUCCCGGGCACUGGACCACUAGGGUAAAGAAAGAAGAGAAGUGUGUGCCGCCUUACGUCCAAAUCCGAGAUCUCCACGGGAUCCUCAGGACUUACGCCAACUUCUCUGUAACAAAAGAGCUCAAAGACACCAUGAGAACUUCACACAGCCUGAGGAGGCACCCGAGUUUCACUGCAAACUGUGACCUGCCCAGCACCUGGACAAGCACUUGGCAGGUGGCAGACGACCUCACCCAGAACACUUUGGACCUGGAGUAUCUGCGUUUUGCACAUAAGCUAAAACAGACCAUAAAGAAUGGGGAUUCUCAGCAUUCUGCCUCCUCCGCCAAUGUCUUUCCAAAGGAGUUACCGACCCAGAUCUCCAUUGGUGCUUUCCCUUUGACAAAAAUAUCUGAGGCCUCAAUUCUGCAUCCUGCACCUAGGAGCAGAAGCCCCCUUCUGGUAACAGUUGUGGAGUCAGAUCCCAGACCACAGGGGCAGCCCAGGAGAGGCUACACAGCCAGCAAUCUGGACAACUCUUCCUCUUGGAGAGAGAGAUGUAGUCAUAAUAGAGAUCUUACAAAUUCUCAAAGAAAUCAGACUGUUUCAUUCCACCUUAACAAACUGAAAUACAACAGUACUUUGAAGGAAUCUCGGAAUGAUAUCUCACUUAUUCUCAAUGAGUAUGCCGAAUUCAACAAGGUGAUGAAGAAUAGCAACCAAGUCGUUUUCCAAGACAAAGAGCUAAAUGAUGCUUCUGGAGAAGCCACUGCUCAAGUGAUGUAUCUGCCUUUCCCAGGACGGUCAAUCUCCUUUGAAGACAUAAUCAUAGACUUGUGCAGCAAUUUGCACAUCAAACUAAGACGUGUUGUGAAAGAGGCUUGUAAAAGUACCUUCCUGUUCUACCUUGUUGAAACAGAAGACAAAUCAUUCUUUGUAAGAACAAAGAACCUUCUGAGGAAAGGAGGCCAUACAGAAAUUGAACCUCAGCACUUCUGUCAAGCUUUCCACAGAGAGGAUGAUACACUAAUCAUUAUCAUCAGAAAUGAAGAUAUAUCAUCACAUUUGCAUCAGAUUCCUUCUUUGCUGAAGCUGAAGCAUUUCCCCAGUGUCAUCUUUGCUGGAGUAGACAGCCCUGGAGAUGUUCUUGAUCACAACUACCAAGAACUGUUUCGUGCAGGAGGCUUUGUGAUAACAGAUGACAAGAUAUUAGAAGCCGUAACAUUAGUUCAACUGAAGGAAAUUAUCAAAAUCCUGGAAAAACUAAAUGGAAAUGGAAAAUGGAAGUGGUUGCUUCACUACAGGGAAAAUAAAAAGCUAAAAGAUGAUGAAAGAGUGGAUUCAACUGCACAUAAAAAGAACAUAAUGUUGAAGUCAUUUCAGAGUGCAAAUAUAAUUGAAUUGCUUCAUUAUCACCAGUGUGACUCUCGCUCAUCAACAAAAGCAGAAAUUUUGAAAUGUUUGCUAAACCUGCAAAUUCAGCAUAUUGAAGCCAGGUUUGCUGUCUUCCUAACAGACAAGCCUACUAUCCCCAGAGAAGUCUUUGAAAAUAGUGGAAUCCUUGUUACAGAUGUAAAUAACUUUAUAGAAAACAUAGAAAAAGUAGCAGCUCCAUUUAGGACUAGCUAUUGGUGACUCAACUACAGCCUGCCUGGAUAUGGAUGAUGCCAAUAAAAAAUUAGUAUUUUCCCUUUGGAAAACUUGUGAACAUGUGAAUACACAUGUGAACAGUCUUAUAUUUGAAAAAUCAAUGUUCUACAACCUGGAAAGUUUUCAUUUUCUGUAUUUUGCUGAAAUAUGUCACAGUGGCAUUGUAGUUGUCCGUUAUCUUUGGGUUGCAGUGCUAGAUACUCUGUUAAAUUAUUUUCAUUUUAAACAAGAUGCCUUCUAAGCUAUUGAGCUUAAUAUUAAAAAUAAGAAUUUUACAACAUGUCUACUUAGUUGGAGCAAAAAUAAGUCUAUUUUAACAAAUAGCUUUGUUUUUGCAUGCUAAUGUCAGAAAGGCCCAUGAUGCACAUUAUGCUGUUUUAAAGGUUUCACCAUCCUUGUAAAAGCUAUAAUCUUAAAUGGUUUUAUUUGCUGUUAUACAAACAACACUACAUACACUUAAAACAUUUUUUCCUAAAUGGUACAAAUUUAUAAACUAUCAUUUUUCACUUAUGGUAUUUGUAAAUACUACACUACAAAAAUCAGCUUUCUGAGAAAGAAAUAAUCAUUUAUUUAUGAUAUUGAAAAUUUCUACAGUAAAAACUCAAAACCACGCAAAAAACAUUUGUAAGAUACAUGGUAUCUAUUUGGAGCAAAGGCUUUUUUGUAACUAAUUUGUUUCCUUUUUUUAAAUAAAGAGAACUAAAAAUCAUCUCUUUCUGCAAUGAUUUUUAUAGCAGAAAUUGACUCAUCUGGAGUGCUCUAGCAAUUUUUAGGCCACUUAGCAGAACAGUAAGCUUCCACAGGAAACCUACACUUCUGUCCUUUGGGCCUGGCCUGUUCUGUUUCUGGGUUCUUUCCCCCGCAAAGUCAAGUACACUGAGUAACAGGUUAAAGAACGGCAGUUUCACCUGGCCUUUACAGGGAAGCUUCUUUCAGAAGUCAUUAAGUCGGUUUUUAUUAUUCCUAAACAAAAGAGCUUUAUUUUCUCCUGAGUAGGUUUUAGAGUUUUAAUUGUUGACAGUUUUUCAGUUACUAAUAGAACCGCAAUCAUUUCCUUUCAUUUUUCCAAGGACAGGAAUCUAUUAAGGGAACCAUUAACUAUUCAGUACAGUGAAUUACUUCCAAAUUACUAAGGAAAAGGAAAGUGAGCAGUUAUAAGCUGCCCAACACCUAUCUGCCUGAAAUAUGCACCUUUCAGGUUGGACCUAGUAACACUCACCUCCCCUUGCUGAAAAGCUUCCCAACACCCACGAGGCCAUCUUUCUCAGUUUCCGGGCUACGUUUUCUGCAACUCUACUAAUUACCAAACCAUAUCAUGUGUUCGCCAAACUGAGUCAUCCCAGUAACUACUAUUACCAUCUUUGUCUCCACUGGCCUGGCACACAAGGUAUUCAGUAAAUACGCUGAAUGAAGAAUAUGAAGAUGUGUUUUUUCCUUUUCACUUAUUACUAACCCAACUUGGGCCUUUGCCUGCAUGGGAAGAGAAAAGGUCUUGCUGGAACUAGAUAAUUUUAUCAUACAUGUGAAGCAGUGGUUUUCAACAACAUCUGGAGACAUUUUCGGUUGUCAUUCCAGGAUGGUGCUAUUGGCAUCUAGUGUGUGGAGGCCAGGGAUGCUGCUACAAUCAAUUCUACAAUGCAAAGGCAGGCCCCUUCAGCAGAGAAUGAUCCAGCCCAAAACAUCAGCUGUGGGAAGUUGAGAAGCUCUACCAUUUUGGCAAUCUAAACAACAAUCUACAUCACCACCCUAGUUCCUUUAACACAUCAUCUACCUUAGUCUGUCUCCUUCAUACUCUGCAGUCAGUCUUUAUCUGUGGUAAACAACAGCAUCUGCAGUGAGGCUCAUCACUGUCAGGGGAAAAGGCCUUAUAUGUAAACACUUCAUCAUUUCAAUUACACGAAAACUAUUAGAGCACCUAUUCUACCUGACAAUUCACUUACUCCCUUACAAUUGCUGCUAUAAGCAAAACGACUGAACACUGUAUUUUUUCUGCACAAAGAUUAUCAGUCUAGUAAUUGUGCUGAGUCAAGAAUAAAAUGAGGUCUACUCACAGGGAAGCCAGAUGACAGGACCUGCUGUGAUCCAUCCAGAUCAGAAGACACCCACGCUUUCCACUGCUGAGUACCUUCUGACUGGCAUUGACUCCAGUGCUACUAAAGGAAGCACAGCAGCUGUGACCCUUGCAAUCAGGACACACAGACCAACACUGGGCAGUAGUUUCCACAAUUUGGCUUUAUUUUGCAGUACAGAAAUCAUUUGGAGCCAUUUUGAGACAGAAGUAGAGGCUCUGUCAACUCAAUACUGCAUUGCAGCUUGGUCCACUGAAGAAGCCACGCCUGAGAUAUAAAAGAUGCUCUACACUUCACCCGCUUUACGUUUGCUUCCUCUCCCCUUUUCCCUCAUCAACUUUACUGGGUUAAAAUACCACAUACAGGCUUUCUCCAAAUGACUCCCUAUGUCUGGAGUUUGGUUAGAGUUUUAUGCCCACAUAAACCAAACUUGUGGCUAUGCUAUUUGGGCCCUGCCGUAACAUUUGACAUAAUACAAAAUAUAAAGUCAUAGGGAAAACUUCUGGAUGCCGUCCCAAACUGUGGAUUAUUCAAUUUAGAAUCUCCUGAACCUCAAGAGGGUAGAUGGCACACAACCUGCAUGGAUCCAGCUCCUGAGAAGCAGAAGCACACAGCUACACUGAUUAAAAGAUACAAAUACUGUCUCAAGUAUUCUGUAUUGGUAUCCCAAUGUUUGUUUAAAACUGAUCCUUCACUAGGGG